CUGCUAGUAUUUGAUUCGUGCUUUGUGAUUGACCUACUGAUCUGUUGCAUUGCGUCAUUGUCUCGCGAUCUCAGGCAGCAUAUCUCCAAAAAUGUCCUCCAAACUCGUACCGUCCAAUCCCGCCGAGGUGAUGGUCAUUCGGGACAUCGUCCCGCGCACCAUCACCACCCUCUCCGUUCCCUUUGCGCGCUUCGGUCGCAUAAAGGUCGGCGGACGCGGCACCAUCGUUCGCCUGCAGAACGGCUCGCUCGCUGUCUUCUCGCCCGUCGCGCUCACAGACGAAGUCAAGCAGAAGGUCGCCGAAAUGGGCGAAGUCAAGUACAUCACCGCGCUCGACAUUGAACACCACAUCUUCCUCGGCCCCUGGCACGCCGCCUACCCGAAUGCCCAAGUCCUCGGCCCGGAAGGCCUCCCCGAGAAGCGCAAAUCCCAGAACAAAGAAGCCGUCCCCUUCGCGCACCUCUUCUCCAAAGACAAGCCCGUGACCUCGAUUGACCCCGACUUCGACCGCGAAUUCGAGUGGGAGUACGUCCCUGCGCACACCAACAAGGAAAUUGUCUUCAACCACAAGCCCACGCGCACCCUCAUCGAGGCCGACCUCAUGUUCAACUACCCGUCCACCGAGCAGUACAGCAAGACGGGCCUCUCCGCGACGAGCGGCGUUUUGACCAAGAUCUUUGGGAUGCUGACGAAUACGUCGGGGAAGGGGCAACAGAGGGCGAUUUGGUAUGGGAUUAGCAGUCGGGACCGGGCGGGGUUCAGCAGGAGUGUGAGCAAGAUCCAUCAGUGGGAUUUCGAUCGGAUUAUUCCGUGCCAUGGAGAUGUGUUAGAGAGCGGAGGAAAAGGAAUUUUCGCGAAGGUCAUGGAGUGGCAUUUGGAGUUGGCGAAGAAGAGGUCGUAAAGAACCGGGGUUGAGGUGCGACAUGUGUGUAUAGUAUGCUCUGUAUGUAAUUUCUCUUCGUCUCUUAGUACUGAAACUUAUACAUGUUAAUUGAUGUACGGAGCCAAA